AUGCCUCUUCCGGUCUUCGAGAAGUUUUCCGCCCCGGCGAGGAUCCAGCGGUUGAGUGUGUUCGCCAUCAUCACCAUUUUACUCUUCGUGUUCUUCCAGGGCUCCUUCUUCCCGGAUGUCUCAGUACCGAGCUUACAUAGGGAUUCCCAUGAUACGGCACGGUCGGAAUAUUACCUGCAAUGGGGCCCCUUCGAACCCAUGAACAUCCCUGGCUUCGUCAACACAGGCCUACCCGGCAAGAGAUCCUGUGACACGCUCAAAUACAACUCGAGCGUAGGCGUGCAGAAGAGCUUCUUCCUCACGGACGACAUCAAGCAGAUCGCCAUGACUCUCGAUUCGCACCCGAUAGUAGACUAUCCUGACGACAUGAUGAACGACCCGACCCUGAAAGUGUCGGACAUUGUCGAGCGAACCUGGGCACGACUGUCGGGGUCGAGUGUGUGGCUGCCCGAACACAACGUGUACUUGUCUGUCACUCGAGUCAUCUUCUGCCCGAGUCGGACGCGGUCGGUGCCCAAGAUGAGUUUCCUGCGAGGCCAGCUGUUCAACGCAGACUGGGAGCACCUGGACAACUACAACCUGACCUGGGGCGGCAAGGAAUUCAAUUUCCCCCUAGUCUUCGACAUCCCCGUCAACUGGGACCCAGAUGGCAGCUUGUACGGGCCCGAAGACCCAAGAAUCAUCCUCGAGGACAACGUGGAAGGUGCCGAGCCUGUCAUCAUCUUCAACAUGAUAGGCAAACCGUCGGACUGGAAGCGCGCAAUGUACAUCUUCCGCCCCUUCAGCAACUACUCGACCCUCCUGACCGUCCGAAACACCGAACGACAGUGGACCGAGAAGAACUGGGCGCCUUUCUUCGUCCCGCAGUACGAACAGGCCACUCCAAGCAGGGUCCAUCUGCCUGGGCACGCGGGCCAGCCUGCACGGGUUGCGAACGAGUACAUCCAUUUCGUCUACAGCUUCAAGCCGCUGCGGAUCUUAAAGUGCCAUCUGCGAUGCGGAGACUGCGAGUUCGCCUACGAACAGAGCGUGCCCGAAGGCUUCUUGACCCAACAUCACGAAGAUGGCGGCAGUUUGCGUGGGGGAACUAACUUUGUACCGGUACCUCUUCCUGCUAGCAUGCAUGUCGACCCGAAGGUCCAGGUAUAUGCUGCCUUCCCUCGCACGAACAUUGAGAGACACUGUGAUGGAAGCUUCUAUCGACCGGAAUUCGUGGUCAUGAUCAAGAUUGAAGACCAGUUCCAUCUCGCCUUCGCCAGCGAGUCACUAGACUUUGGGAACGCCAUCAUCGAGCUGGGCCCCGAUGACGAUCGAUGCGGCAAGGGUCGCAUUCUCAUUCCCAACAGCGUGGCUCAGUGGGAUACCAACGACGGCCAGGACGUCAUGAGUGUCACCUUCAGUGUCAACGACGAGACCGUCCAGGUCGCUCGUGUACAGGGCCUGCUCACUUUCGUGCGCAAUCUGCCACAGUUCAAGAAUUUGUUGAAGCAAGGCGGCCCGCUCAAGGACGACAAUUCAGAACUGAUGAACAUGCUGUCCUCGUGGGUGGGCGACGAUGUCCGAGGCUGCCUGGUUGAGGCUGCCCUCAACUAUACCGAGGCACAGCAGGAGAUCACGCAUCCCAAAGAACACAAGGACGAGAUCGAUGAGACCAAAGAAUUGUUGUACAAGAUCCACCAAGAAGAGACAGCUGAAGAAUCGCCGGCAGCUGAUACGGUCCCUCCAGAGCAGGGCACUGAGGGAGACGAAGAAAAGGACAUUCUUGACCCCAUCCAUAUUGGCGAAGUCGAGGGCAUCCCUGACCUGGAGCAACCUGCCGAUGAUCAGGGUGACUAUGUAGGCGACGACGAAGAAAAGGGAGAGAAGAAGAAUGUGGACGACAAGCCUAAGGACAAAGACACAAAUAAAAAGGGCAAAACCACUCUCAAGUCUAAAGUCAUACUCGAGGAAGCCGAUUUCACUGAAGAUGACAGCAUCGAGAAGAAGGACGACAAUGACAGUGGAGAUGACAAGGAGAAGGAGAAGGAGAAUGAGAAGGACGCCAAGGACAAGGAGAAGGAGCCCAAACGUGACAACAGCACCGACGAGACCAAGAGAGACGAACAUGAGGCCCCUUCGAGACGACAUCUACAUCUCCACCAACACCAUCACCGCGCAUUAAGCUCUUGA